UCCCCAGAUCCUUCUAAAGUUAUAACCUCUCUCACUCUCUCGCACGUGACCACUCUCUUAAAUCUCUCUCCCAAUUCCAAACCCAACCAAAAGCCCAUCGCUUUCUCCUUCCGUCAAUCCUAAACCCAAAAAAAGCCAUCAAAUCCCUCCCUCCCUCCCUCUCUCUUUCAUUUCCAUUUCCUCGUUUCCAUCAUCAUCGCGCUUCCUUUCUGUCUUUUUCCCCCGCACCCCUUACUUGUUAUUAUCACUGCCCCGUGCGUGCGUUUAAUGGCUCCGCGCCUCGCUAUAAAACCCCCCAAACAGAUUCAUUGAGAUUCAAAUGCUAUUGGACGACACGCCGUAUCUACGCUCAAAUGCUCGGAUCUCUCGCUGGUGUAAAACCGCUUCUCUCUCUCUCUCUUGCCUCUCUUUCCACGCCUCUUCCUUCUUCGUCAACACCUUCUUCGCUUUUAGUCUUCGUGUUGGCGGCAAUUUGAAUUCCGUUACUGUUCUCUCGCAUUCGUGAUGCUUUCUUUGGUACUAUCUAAUGUUACGUGGCCUCCAGCUUGAAGCAGUUGGAGCUGCAAAAGUAUGUGUUUCGAUUAUUUGUGGUUGUAGAGCUACCUUUAGCUUUGAUAUCUCUCUUAUGGGUUAAGGAGUGUGGCGAAAUGGUUUUACAUUCCAAUUUUAUUAAAACAUGGAAGAGACACGAGAAGAUGCAGGGCCAGCAGAGCGAAGGCCAUCCAACAUGUCAUGGUGGCCUUCAGAUUUUGUUGAAAAAUUCGAAUCUGUUUCUUUGAGCUCUCAAGAUGAGACCUUAAAUAAUAAAGAAUCACCUAGACAUUCUAACCGGGAUGUUAUGUCACCUCAGAAGGCGUCACAAAUUCUGUGGCGCACUGGAAUGCUUUCAGAACCAAUACCCAACGGUUUUUAUUCAGUCAUUCUGGAGAAAAGACUCAAGAAACUUUUUGAUAGUAUUCCUACUUUGGAGGAGCUUCAAGCUUUGGGUGGAGAGGGUUUUAGGGCUGAUGUCAUUGUUGUGGAUGCAGAGAAAGAUAGAAGGUUAUCUAUGUUGAAGCAACUAAUUGUGGCAUUAGUUAGAGGAUUGAAUUCAAACCCACCUGCGAUGAUUAAGAAGAUAGCUGGAUUAGUUUCUGACUUUUAUAAGCGAUCAAAUGUAGAAAGCCCAGCAAAAGCUGCACUUGAGGAAUCAUCCCACAUGUUUGAGAAUCGUGGCGUCCAGAUGCUGGGGCAAAUAAGGCAUGGUUCGUGCCGUCCUCGAGCCAUCUUAUUUAAAGUAUUAGCAGAUACUGUAGGUCUUGAAAGUAGACUUAUGAUGGGUUUUCCAAAUGAUGGGGCUGCUGAAUGUGUAGACUCUUACAAGCAUAUGUCAGUGAUAGUUGUGUUAAAUUCUGUGGAACUGCUGGUUGAUCUUAUGCGUUUUCCUGGCCAACUAUUACCACGAUCAACCAAGUCAAUUCUUAUGACACAUAUUUCUGCAGCAGGAGAGAGUGAUUCUGCAGAAAAUGAUUCCUGUGACUCACCAUUAGAACCAAAUAGUCCUUUAUAUGGGGUUUCAGAGAGUGUUGAAAAGGAGGAAAACCUCCAAUUCCAUAGAAGAUUUGAAGUGUCUUCGAAUGUAUCAGGCCUUCCCUUGCGAAAUAUGAUGUUACGAUCAAAUACCAGUCUGGACAGGAAUUGGAGUUUUUCUCAUAGUGAACCCAACAUUGCUACUGCAUUUGGUCGGCGUAGUCGGAGAAAGGUCAUUGCUGAACAGAGGACUGCUAGUUCAAGUCCAGAACAUCCAUCAUUGCGAGCUCAUGGACGGUCCAAGCUUAGUGGUGACAGGACUUCUUUUAGAGAUUUUGCUGAUGACCAGUCUACACUAAGAUCCAGCUACAAGUCAGAUGGCGCUUCCUCAUCAGAAGCUCGUAGGAUACGAAGAAGAAGUAUCAGCAUUACACCAGAGAUUGGUGAUGAUAUUGCUAGGGCUGUACGGGCGAUGAAUAAAACGCUAAAGCAAAAGCGUCUUCCGAGAGAGCAGGGGGGUGAUAGUUCAUUAUCUCAUUCUCCAAUUGACAGAACCAGCAGUUUAGAUCUUCAGAAAAAUGUGUCAAAUUUCCAUCUUGAUGGUCACCAUGAGAGGUCCCCCUUAUAUUUGUUACACCGUGACCCUGUGACGUCUCAAAAGGCAAUGUCGUUACCUUCUUCUCCGCAUGAUUAUAGAGUACAAGCCUCUGAGAGAAGCGAGGCAUCAGAAUAUACAACGAAUGAUGAACUGGAGUCUACUUGGAAUAAAAUCCUCGAAUCACCAAUGUUCAGUAAUCGACCUCUGUUACCAUAUGAAGAAUGGAAUAUUGAUUUCACAGAAUUGAAUGUUGGAACUCGUGUUGGGAUUGGGUUCUUCGGAGAAGUUUUCCGUGGCAUAUGGAAUGGCACAGAUGUUGCUAUCAAGGUUUUCCUAGAGCAAGAUUUAACUGCUGAAAACAUGGAAGAUUUCUGCAAUGAGAUAUCCAUUCUCAGCCGGCUCCGACAUCCUAAUGUUAUCUUAUUUCUUGGUGCAUGCACAAAGCCCCCACGCUUGUCAAUGGUGACUGAAUACAUGGAGAUGGGAUCUUUGUUUUACUUGAUUCAUGUGAGCGGUCAGAAGAAGAAGCUUAGCUGGCGGAGAAGACUAAAGAUGUUGCGAGACAUAUGCCGGGGCUUAAUGCACAUACAUCGUAUGAAGAUUAUUCACCGUGAUGUGAAAAGUGCAAAUUGUCUUGUGGACAAGCAUUGGAUAGUGAAAAUAUGUGAUUUUGGACUUUCAAGAAUAAUAACAGAAUCCCCCAUGAGAGAUUCCUCGUCAGCUGGAACCCCAGAAUGGAUGGCUCCUGAACUAAUUCGAAAUGAACCAUUCUCUGAAAAAUGUGAUAUCUUUAGCCUGGGAGUGAUAAUGUGGGAGCUCUGCACCUUGAAUAGGCCUUGGGAAGGCGUACCCCCGGAGAGGGUGGUUUACACCGUUGCUAAUGAGGGUGCUCGAUUGGAUAUUCCUGAAGGCCCGCUAGGCAGGCUGAUUUCAGAGUGUUGGGCGGAACCACAUGAACGGCCAAGUUGUGAGGAGAUUCUCUCUCGAUUGGUGGACAUCGAGUACUCAAUGUGUUGAUGCCGUGCUUUUAUCUUUUGUACAUAGUGAACUUUGGGUAGAGUUGUCACUUUGUGUUUUCGGCUGAUGUAUAAACUGAGUUUUUGUUCCUUAUCUGAAAACUUAUUGUAAUCAUGCAUCGGUGCGUGUUCCUAAGUUUCAUGAAGGGCAAUGAAAAGUAAAUCCAUCACUCA